UAAACAACAAUGCAACACGGUGCGGGUGACGUAGGAUGUAGGUGAGCAGUUAAAAUUCAAUAUUCAAGGAAACCCGUGGACAGAGAAAACCCCGGAUCAUCUGACACAGCCUGUAGCAGCGCUGGUUUAUGGUUUCAGUGGUGUAGGUAUUGCACCCCUUCGUGUUUGUGGAUAGCGUAGUGUCCGAAAUACGCAAUGUGAUUUCAUGCUUCUGCAGAAGCGACUUCAAGCUGUCUUUAUCUACGUCGUAAUCCUCGUUUGUAAUGCAUCAGUAGCCCUCGAUUUGUUUUUUAUGAGGCGCUGAACAAGCUUUGGGACCUCGUAUAAUUUCAUCCUUAAGGAGCGAGGGGAAACUCAAGUAAAUAUGGCUCAAGUAAGCGCAUCUGAGGGCGAGGGACACUGGAAAUUACGCUCGCAUUUUUUGAAGAGGAAAGAAUGGUCUGCGUAAUAGGAAGACUGAAACGCAAGGGCGAAAUAACUGAGAGAAACUGAGAGCGGGACGGUGAGAAAUACAAAGAGGGACAACGCGGUGCGGGAGGGAGGGAGAGAGAAUCGGUGAAGUGGGAGAAGCACUGGCCUAGAUGUUUGAAACGUCAGGAGUUAGUCUUUCCUUCUGGUUCACUGGGUGAUUAUUAAAAGCUGCCUUCUCUGGGACCGAUGGACCGGGGCCAUAGGGACUAUUUUUUGACCUGCAAGUGGUAUAACUGGACUUAAAUGGAAUAUUUAGUGUGUUACGUUUUGAAUAUGUAAACAUUAACAUGUGCGUAUCGUAUGCUUUUAAUGUCGCUUAUUUUCGCAUUGAUAAAUCACGUUCUUUGACGUGGUAUGAAAUGCCCCUCUACUGCCACAUUUUGUAUAUAGACUAAUAUACUGUCACGUUGCAACAUUCAUUUUGACUGAUGGCAAUGGCAGUUGAAUCUGACAGCGGCAGAGGUACUACACGAAGUGCUCAUGAAAAAAGCCCCAGGGCGCCGGAGCGCAAUGGCUAUGUGAAAACAUGUGUCACCCCUUUGUAUCAGGACCACGGCUGCCAGUCGUGGGUUAGACUGACUGAGACUUGGAACUCCAGAAGCCUUUCGUCUGUGGUCUGCGUGGGGUCAGUUUCAGUUAUUCUUGCUCUAGUGGUUAAAUUCGUUGACUGGGAUGUGGACUUCAACCACAGCGGUGGCAGCAGCAACGGCGGCAGCAGCGCCUACGACAGUGAUUCGGGAUCUUUUUUUCAUUAUGUUACGAGCUGUGUGCUGGAGCUACCUUUAACGUUGUGGCAUUUGAUUUCUCCUAUCUUCACUCUCGUAUGUGCCUUCUUUUGGAUCGGCCUGUAUCUGAUACGGUGCGGAGUGCUGAUCAGGACUGCCGUCUUUCUGUUGACAGUCUGUCAUUUGGGCGAAGCGGCAGCACAGUCUCUCUUGCACGGAGCGGAUGACCAGCUGCUCUCCUUCACGGCGACAGUGGUGGUGCUCGCCUGCCUGGCAAGCGGGGCACUCAUGGUUGUGAGACUCGGCCAGGGGGUCUCAGUCAUCAUUUUCAUCAGCAUCAUCAGGACAAUCUCACUCAUUUCGCUGCACAAAGUACGGGCCAGCUGGAGACCUUACUUGGCGUACCUGGUCGGGGUAUUGGGCGUCCUGCUGGCUAGGUAUGCUGACAAGCUCUUGCCGAAGCAGGGGACUCUCAAGGAGGGCUGUACCUCCGUGAUAGGAGCAAGGGAAGACAUCCCGGUGUUUAAAAGGCGAAGGAGGUCCAGCUCAGUAGUAUCAUCAGACAUGGCACAUCAUGGUCAGUCCAACAGCAAGUCGCACAGGAGGACAUCAUUGCCAUGCCUUCAAAGAGACCAGAUGCUCCCACAUCCUGAAUGGGACCACAAGAGAGGCGCCCGAGGAUCCCAGUCCUCAGGCACCACUGUGACGGUGGACAUAGGGGUGAUGGGCGAGGCCCACGGCAUGAUCACCGACCUGCUGGCCGACCCGUCGCUGCCGCCCAACACCUGCAGCUCCCUACGGGCCGUCAGCAACCUGCUCAGCACGCAACUCACCUUCCAGCCGCUCCACCGGCCGCGCCUCAGCCCACUGGUGUCCUUCAGCGACACGCACACCUGCUCCGACUCCGAGGAGGGCGGGGAGAAGGGCGAGAAGCUGGCCAUCCCCAAGCGUCUCAGACGGUCUCUGCCUCCAGGCCUGCUGCGGAGGAUCUCCUCCACCUGGACCACCACCACCUCAGCCACGGGCCUGCCCACCAUCGAGCCUGGCCCGGUGCGCCGCGACCGCAGCGCCAGCAUCAAGCCCACCCAUGACGGCCCCACCGGCAGUUUGGUGAAUAACGAGUCAUGGAACAGCUCCGUCAUGUUGACCAUCUCUAAGAGCAGGUCCAUGUCCGCCUCCUAUGCUCCCUCCGCCUCCAAUCAUUUGUACAGCAGGAGGCUAAACAGACCAGGUUACCCUCCCUCCAACAUCUCGCCCUUGGCUUCUCCGUGCCACUCUCCCCCAGCGCAGGGCAGCCCAGUGAACAGUCCCACUGCCAAGACCCCGUCCAUGGAGCUGCCCGAGUGUCCUGCCCCCCAGGGGGACGUGGCUCCCAAGCGGGCCCCUCACCGAGCCUUAACACACAGCCAGAGUGCCCCCAGCUCCACCACCUCACAAUGGGGCCCCCCGCCCCUCUGUAGCAGUUGUGGGAGACCCUACAGUAAGCUUACGCAUGCGGGAGGAUCUAUAGACCGAGGGGACAGAGCACUGCAGACAGAUGACCUAGUGCUGGCUUCGUCUGACUACGAGAGCACCUAUGAGACCAACCACAGUGACAGUAGCGAUUUUGCACAGAACGAGGAGGAAGGGGAUGGGCGCAGAAAGUCAUGUGAAGUCCAAGAGGGGUGCAGGAUGUACCCAGCAGAGAGCCUAGUCCUCCACCCCCUGCUUUCACCCGAGGACAAGCCCUUUCUGGCCCCAGAGCCGAUGGUCAUGGAGGGCCUGGAGCCGCAAAUAAGCCAGAUAAACAACUGGAACUUCCCCAUCUUUAACCUGGUGGAGAAGACCGAAGGCAAGUGCGGCCGCAUCCUCAGUCAGGUCUCUUACAGGCUCUUUGAAGACACAGCACUCUUUGAGACUUUCAAGAUUCCUGUCAGGGAGUUCAUGAAUUAUUUUCAUGCUUUGGAGAAUGGAUACAGAGACAUCCCAUAUCACAACAGAAUCCAUGCCACCGACGUGCUGCAUGCAGUCUGGUACCUCACCACACAACCUGUGCCUGGCCUGCCCCGUUUGGCCAAUCAGGAAGGCUCAGUCAGUGAUUCUGACACGGAGAGUGGCAUUACCCACAAUCCCCUGGGCUUCCUCAUGUCUAAAACAUACCCCACGCCGCAGGAGGGCUAUGGCUGCCUGUCGGGGCUCAUCCCAGCCCUGGAGCUCAUGGCGCUCUACGUGGCAGCAGCCAUGCACGACUAUGACCACCCUGGCAGGACCAACGCCUUCCUAGUGGCCACCAGUGCCCCACAGGCAGUGCUCUACAAUGACCGCUCUGUUUUGGAGAACCACCACGCCGCGGCUGCCUGGAACCUCUUCAUGUCUCGGCCCGAGUACAACUUCCUGGCCAACCUGCAGCAUGUGGAGUUCAAGCGUUUCCGCUUCCUGGUCAUUGAAGCCAUCCUUGCCACAGACCUGAAAAAGCACUUUGACUUCCUGGCAGAAUUCAAUGCCAAGGUUGGUGAUGAUGGGUGUUCGGGCAUCGACUGGUCCAACGAGAACGACCGGCUCCUGGUGUGCCAGAUGUGCAUCAAGCUGGCCGACAUCAACGGGCCCCUCAAAUGCAAAGACCUGCACCUCCAGUGGACCGAGGGCAUUGUGAACGAGUUCUACGAGCAGGGGGAUGAGGAAUCCAGCUUGGGCCUUGCGAUCAGCCCCUUCAUGGACCGCUCAGCGCCACAACUGGCCAAGCUCCAGGAGUCCUUCAUCACGCACAUCGUGGGCCCGCUGUGCAGCUCCUACGACUCGGCCGCCCUGAUGCCCGGCCACUGGGUGGAGCCAGGGGAGGGUGCGUCCAAUAAGGAGGGUGAGAAAAGGGAAGGAGAAGAGGAGGCAGGUGGAGAAGAGACGGACGAGGAAGAGGAGGAGGAGGAAGACACGCCUGAGGAGGAUGCAUCCUCCAGCUCGGAGCAGUCUCAGAAGCGAGGGCCAAAGAAGCGGCGGAAAGUUUUCUGCCCGAUCACACAGCACCUGAUGGAGAACCACGAGAUGUGGAAGAAGGUGAUCGACAUGGAGGCUCAGAGUCAAGCCGAGGAGGACGAGGAGUCGGCGCUCGUGGGCAAUGCGGGCGAGCCGAUCCUGUCAAUCCACGAGGAGGAGGAGGAGCCGGGGAGCAGGGAGGAGGAGGACGAGCCAGGGGAUGAGCAGGAGGAGGGGACAGAGGGAGAGGAGGCGGAGUCACUGGAGGACGAGAGUCCCGUGUCGCCAGAGACAGUGGAAGACCAGCUGCAGGACGAAGAAAAUCCUGAGUGAUGGAGGGACAGUGUCGGUCAUGGACGAAAAAAAAGAAAAAAAGAUUUUGUCAGUGGAACACUUUCUAUUUCCCAAACCAAGAGUCCUGACGUAUGGUUGCCAGCACAUCACUUAGACACAACACUGUAGACACUGGGGGGAAUCUGUGCCUAAGGAGGACAAGGUCUAAGGGACAGGCUUGAGAGCUUUCAGCAGUGUGUGAGUAUGGAUGAUAGUGAGUGUGAUGUGUGAGGGAGUGCACAGUGUUUCUUCUGGUCAAGAGGGUCAGACUACACGGUGUACGUGGUACACCUGUUCAGGGGGUGACGAGUUCGUUAGAAGUAAGGGAUUCUUUUUUUUUUUUUUUAGAAAACCGUUUUAUCAGUUUUGAUCAGGCUCUGUGCUGUAGCUCUCUUUAGUCGGAAGGGGCCGUGUACCAAACUGUUACUUGAGCAGGUUUGGAGUGAUCAACCCAUCUGUGACAUGAGGUCUGCUUUGUUUCAAGAAUCAGCAUGUACACAGCAGGAACGUACUGGCUAGCCUGUUAUCUACUACUUUGAAAGUCGAGUGAGCAAGUUUCUUUAAGUGUGUGUGUGUGUGUGUGUGUGUGUGUGUGUGCAUGUGUGUGUGCAUGUGUGUCCAGUGAGAUCUCCAUUGCCAUUAGAGUUGUGUCUAUUCCGAGGGGUGACCUUCAACUGUGGUGUCAACCAACGUUUGUACAACACAUCCUCAAGAAUAACAUGCCUCCAUUCACUUGCAUUCCAACAAGGGAGAGGAGUAGCAGAUUUUUUUUAUGUCCUACAGCUCUGAAAAAGCUUUCCCAUUUCACAGGGGAGAGAAUAGCAUACAUGUACAUACACACACACACACACACACACACACACACACACACACACACAGAAGCACGCACCUGUAAGAAAUUGUUUUUGCAUCACAUGCCGCCCUGCUGCUUUUGUCUCUGGAAGCAACACAUAGCCACUCAGUGCCAUGGCUUCGCAAUGCCACAGCUUCAUACAUUUUUAUGGUCGCCAUCAACCAAAGCCCUGUCUGUUUUUGUAACUAGUUUGCUCUCUUCUUAUAUGCUUUUUCUAUUUCUAUUACAAACAGAAUUAUUCCUUUUCACUUAAUUUCUGUGCAUGCUGAUCUUCCAUUUGUUGUACACACAAAAAACAAUAGCUAUUUUUGCAGUUUAUAUGCUAGAACGAAUCAUUCUUUAAGGUGCACCAGACCCUCAAACAGGAUGUUUUAGUCCAACUAGGACUUUGGAGUCAGAAUAUAGGGCCCUGUGAAAUUCGUUUCAUUUGAUCAAUUUGAUCAUAAUCAAAUCAUAUGUCCAAUCAAAAAAUUACUCAGGAUAUAAGUUUCCGGUUGCAAGAUUUGUGCGGAGUCAGUAGCCUACGCCGCGGGUGUUAUGAUAGUAUACAGGUAGGCCUACGUACAUUCUAAGACUAAGAAUAUUCAGAUGCUGCUCCGAUGGCCAGGUUGUGUUAGUUUCCAAAGAGUGAUCAUACUUCCUGUUCAGUUCACAAUGCAUAAGGAUACGUCAGUUCGCCACCAAUGUGGCAAACUGUAUUUAUUUUAAAACCACCGUACGCGAGAGGCUGAAAUAAUGAAAUAUACCAAGUUGUUGUUUCAUUAACUUUGGCUAGCUGUAUUUGUGUCACUCACGCGGGCAAGAAUGUUGCCUAUAAUGCUAUCGAAUGUAUUUCACUCUCGUCAUUGUGUUCGAAAAUGUGAAAUUCCCCGUUUAACUGUGAUUUCCUUUUUAUAGCUUAAUUCCACGAUUCCCUCCGCAUUUUGCAAUCAUUGGGCUCUACGAAUAGGACUAAAUGUCAUUGUAUAGCUUGGGGCUCCAGUUGCCCACAGUUGUUUUAUCAUGAAGCUAAUGUAGGACCUUUGCUAAGUAGGCUAUAUUAAAAGCGGUGUUGGGCCCAUUCUAGCAUUCUCAUCAGUUAAGACCUUCAGCACAAGCGAUGCGUUUCUGUGCAGAGAAUAGAACAUGGAGAGUAAGGAGGGGGUAGGGUGAGGCUGUACCUUAAUUGCAUAUAGUUUUUUUUUCUAUACAUUCACGUCACAUUUAAAAAGAGUUUCAUGUUUCCUACUUUCAGGGAAAUUACCCCAAUGUAAAGUCGCAUGGUGUGUGUAGCCAACCAUGUCACUGCAGUUAAACCUGUUGCUGGGUCAGUGACUGGUUAAGAUGUUCAAUUCUAAAGCCUCAAAACCAUUGUCUGAGAGCAUUUUUAAAGCAAUUUUAAAGUAAGCCACGUGUAGUUGUGCCCUGCAGUGUCCUUCAAAGGCCCCCCCCAAAAAAAAAAUCACUAUUCCAGCCUUUACUUUUAUCCCAAAGACGUGAAAGACAUACAGGAGAAAGGCAUCAAGCGUCCACAUUCCUAAGCCCUGGUCCUCAGCCAGAGGGAGCUCCCAUGACAGAGCUGAUGAUAUCGAGUGCCAGGCCAGCCCGUCCGCCCGCCCGUCCAUGUGAGUGGACCUGUGCGGCACAACGGCGGCGGCGGCCGGGAUUGCAUGGGAAUGCCUGACGUGUCCAGGCAUCCGUUCGCCCGGUCCGCCUUUGAUGUACGAAGAGGCAGAUUGGACACGAUGGCCGAGCGGAUCGAGGCAACAGUCAGAUAAAACGCUUUCCUCAGGCCUAAUCACCUCAGUCCGCUGCCGUUGGGCCUCCACCAGACGCACCACUUUGAUGGGGGAGCCAAUUAAAAUGUUGGGUUAGGAGGCUGCGGCGGUGCACUCUACUUCUGACAUCCAUCUUCUUGCCUCCCCUUUGAAAUUGAAAAGAGCUCAAAGUACAUCACUAAUAUCAUUAGAGAAAAAAAAACCAAGAAGGCCGGGAUUACCAUUAAAGCAAUACUGACACCUCUGCAUCUUAUCCACUUCAGUUGCACUUUCAGGGUUUUUUGAAGUAUUAUUGAAAGGGACAUUUUUUUCUCUGAAUUCUUUUUGAAUUGAUUUGAAAUGAUUCUUUGUGAAUUAAACAGACAUAACUUCAGUGUGAGCGCCAAAUAUGACUUCAGUGCAAAUUUUGAAAUCCAUUCUAAGUAUGUGGUGUUCUGUCUCUCUCACUCUUCAUCACUAUUUUGCUGUUCGCUGUAUCGUUUCCCUCAUUCCUGUUUGCCAAUCUUAUUGUCUCGUGUGUUGUUUUAUGGCUGGCUGUCGGAGGACAUGUUGUGCAUACAGAGUUCCACAUGCGUUGUAUUUUUCCAGAACAAUUUGAGUGGUUUUUACUUUCCAUUAUCUGUUGUCUCCAGACCUCCAUACCUGGAAGCUUUAUUCAGGAGCCCCAUUACGUGACAUACAUGAGAUACACAGACCUAGACACACUUUAUUUGAGACAUGAAAACAUUCUGCUCUUUUGGUUGGGAUAAGAGAGAAAACUAGGGCCACAGCACAUAGAUACUGGGUACACAGACUGAACAGGCAGUUAUUUUAGUACACUUUAGAGAGACAAAGCAUCAUGCUUUCUGGCUUUAUUGGGUCAAGCUUUUGAGCAGUAGUCACCUGGUAACUGAGUGUCACUGACUUGUGAUAAGGAUUAAGAAGAGACCUAUGAAAAGUCAUGUUGGUAAAGGUCGGUGUUUUGUGAUAUUCAGUGAGUUGUCACAUUUCAUAUCUGUACAUUCUAUCUCAGGCAACCAUCGAAACAUAUGCAAACAUCACAGAAGAUGUAAGGAGGCCAUGUUAGUUUUUUUUGUUUGAGAAUAAAUUAACAUCCACACAGGAAUUACACUAGACAAUUUGGGAUUUUUUUUGUUUCACCUGGUUAUUUAGAACAGUCAUUUGAACAGUCAUUGCCCCCCUCCUCUUCUGAAGUGCAAAGUCACACGCGCGACUCUUUAGUCCUCUAGUCUGGGAAGCCGUCAGUGUCACUUCCACUUGCGUAGAUGGGCGGCAGUGACUUUGGGGAGAGCCUGUGGCGCUUCAACACGUAAGGACAACUCUUUGAUGCACACGUCACAGAGACGUGCCGCUCUCGCUCAGCCUUCUUUGAUAUCCACCAAGCCUCCGCGCUUAAAGCACCCUCUUCGCCUCUUUCAUCAAGGAAAACAAAGCCCAUGGCACUAGCUCGCAUCCAGAGGCAUUCCCCAUCCUCUCCUCUGGACUCCUGACCAAGCAGAACCCAAUCCUGUACGUUAAAGCAUUCAAAGACAUAAAAAAAAAACUGUGGAUCUACCCAGGGAUUAACACUUUGAACUGCUUAAUUAGUGAUAUGGUUGUGUGUUUCAUGUGGGGUUUUUUUCUCUUUUUUUUCUUUCAAGCGUCUGUGCAAGUAUGCCGCAGUGUGAAAAGACCAUGCCACAGCCCUCUACUGAGUGCCUCAGAAAAAUACCCUCCAAACUGGUUGGCCUUGAUCUUCAUCAAACCUUUUUCGGUCUGUACUUUGGCUCUUAUUUGUGUCAUAAAGGGAUUCACAGGGAAGAAGGAUAAGAAAGGGAAUCGUUUAGCUUUCUUGAUCUAUCUGCAAACUUUCGCAUUGAUUUCUCAUCCCUUGUGAAUGGAACAGUGGUAUGUAGGUUGAGUGGGAGGUGACAUCUUUCAUGGUCUGCUCUUGAGGAGGAGUCAAUGUUUUCAGACUUGACUACCUUUCAGCCAAAAGGGACUGAGUUUUUUUGUUUUUCAUGGUGUAAGAGGUUUAUGUUUCUGAGUAUAUGGCCAGUCUCAGUUCCCACUGACAGGGUUAUGGGAGCCUAGAGAUAUGAAAUGCGUAAGCAUAGUGAAGAUAAAAGGCUGAUCAGAGUUUUCCUUUCUUAGCAAUACGGGGGGAUUUUUUUCCAUAAGUACAGCUGCCAACUGUUCUUUGUCCUUUACCAGUCUUAGACUCCCUCUUUAAGUGACUCUAUUAUCUAUCUGCCACACCAAGGUACAUUCUGCUGCGGAGUCUUGUCCUUUCACGCAUCUGUAUGAGAAUCUUUUCCUAUUAUUUACUUGUCUGUCAGUCACUGCCAGUCAGCACUAUUCCUCCAUCUUUUUGUCUAAAUGUCUAAAGUAACCAUAAUUAUUAGCACUAUUUUUACCAAAUCACAGAUCAGGCUCUAAUGAGCUUUACACCUCUUUAAACAAGAGAACGGAGACUUGUAAUUUUUUUUUAAUUAUAUAUAUAUAUAUAUCUAUAUAUAUAUAUUAAGUCGACACUUCACAGGCUAAUCAUUUUCUUCUGACUAGUACCUUGCACUUAACACAUGUAGCAAUACCUAUAGUGAGGAAAAAAAUGUGUAAAUCACCAGUAUUCGUUGAUAAGUAAAAUAUUCAUUUUAUUGAUGGUUAUUGUUCCAUUUUGUACAAAACAUAUACUGUACAGAUAAAAAAUUUAAAUGACAACAAAAGUCUUUUAGAUAAACAUUAUUUAUUUUUACUGUUUUGUAAUUUAGACACUAUACUGUAGCUCCUUUAUUGCCAGAUUUACUGGAAGUGCCUCUUGGUAUAAUGUAUUAUACAGUAAAUAUAUAUUGAGAUUACUAGACCUUGUCACAAGCUGAACAAUGUGGAUGUUGUGAUGUGAAUACAGUUGAAUAACAUGAGUUAUAUGCUGUGGUA